GUAGUUCUGGUUGUGUCAGACAUGACUCUGGUCCGAUCCGGAUCACCGAGCUCAUCACGUUUCUCUUUUUCUUUUCUGGUUCUUUCAUCGUUUUUGUCUCAGAUUCUGUUUGUUUGUUUGUUUGUUUGCUGACGUCACCGUGUCGCCACAGAGGAUUAAAAUCCGAACCCGCGACUGUUCCUACGGCUCACGGACCAGGACCAGUCUUCUUCCAAGCCCCCCCGGCCUCCUCCACCAUGAGUGUCCAGCCUCGGAGGAUCCGGCUGAAGCCCUGGCUCCUGGCUCAGGUGAACAGCGGCAGGUAUCCUGGUCUACACUGGCUCAGUUCAGAUCACCGACUCUUCCAGAUCCCCUGGAAACACGCUACACGCCACACGCCAAUGUCAGACGAAGAAAACACCAUCUUCAAGGCGUGGGCUCUGGAGACAGGUAAAUAUCAGGAAGGUGUGGACGAACCGGACCCGGCCAAGUGGAAAGCGAAUCUCCGCUGUGCUCUGAAUAAGAGCAGAGAGUUUCAGCUGAAAUACGACGGAACCAAAGAGACUCCAGUCCAACCGUACAAGAUCUACGAGGUCUGUGAGCAGCCGGGGAACACAGAUGGAGUCGAUGAGGAUGAUGAGGAGAUGCCAAACCUGAUGGACCUCACCAUCAACCCCAGGAUCGGCGACCCCCCCUCCUUCGGCUCUUUCCCGGCUCAUUCAGAAGUGAACCGAUUCGGUUUAUCUGAUGGGACCUUUGGACCUCCUCACGUGAUCCCGAUGCCCCUCCUCCCUGACAGAAUCCUCCCCAUGACCUCCGACCUCCAGACUCGGGGUCAGAUGGUUGACCAGGGGAGCUUCAUCCCUAACGGGCUCCAGGAGCUGAACUCCCUUCCCCCCUCGGCCGCUUCCGCUCCCCCCGGGCCGGAUGUGAUGGAGGCCAGCGGCAUGGGGGGCAUCGAGAACCAGGGGGAUCCUCAGAACCACCAAUCCUGCAAGUAUGACCUGCUGAGCAGUGUCCCAUUAACAGAUCUGGACCUGAAGUUCCAGUACCGGGGCCGGACCGCGGGCUCUCUGACCGUCAGUAAUCCUCAGGGCUGCCGUUUGUAUUACGGGCACCUGGAGCCAACCCCGGAGCAGGUGGACCUGUUUGGACCCGUCACCCUGCAGCAGGUCCUGUUCCCGGGGACGUCUGAGAUCCAGAACCAGAAGCAGCGGUUUUAUACUGAAGCCCUGCUGGACGUGAUGGACCGAGGUCUGAUCCUGGAGAUCUGGGAACAGGACAUCUACGCUGUCCGCCUCUGUCAGUGUAAGGUGUUCUGGUCCGGACCAGGCAUGCCCGAACAGGGUCCACCGAACCCCAUGGAGAGGGAGAAGAAGAUCAAAGUGUUCAGCCUCAACAACUUCCUGCAAGGACUGAUCCUGUUCCAGAAAGGUGAAGCUCCAAACCCUCCACCCUUUGAGAUCUACUUCUGUUUCGGGGAGGACUGGCCUGACAAGAAACCCAAAGAGAAGAAACUCAUCAUCGUCCAGGUGGUUCCUGUGGUGGCUCGGAUCCUGACUGAGAUGUUCUCUGGAGAACUCAGCUGGUCGACAGACAGCAUCCGACUACAGAUCUCAAACCCUGACGUGAAGGACCAAACGGUGGAACAGUUUAAAGAGCUGCAGAGGCUCCUGCAGAGCCAACACAUCCAGGGGCCCUGGACCCCCAACGUCCCCUGAACACCAGGUUGAUCAUCAGCAGAUUAUUGAAGAUCAAUCAAAACUGAUCAGAACAAACUUCAGCUGAAAGUGACGUUAAGACGUUAAUUAUUUCAAAGAAAAUCCCUUGACAGGAAAUGUGUUAAACUUUUCAUCUGUUUUGUUCAACUGAACUUUAAAGACAGUCAGACGUGUAAAUUCAUCAGCUGAUCUCAGCUCAGUUUUAAAGGAAUUGGAACUGUACAAUGAUAUUCAGUGUUGAACUGACAUAUUGGUUUCCUUCCAGUGAGUGUAUUCUGGAUUUCAAUAAACACUGCUCCAGUAUUCUUUCAUACUCCACAGUAGGAAA